AUGCAAGAAAUCCUGACUCUGACUCUUCAACUUAGGUUCAAUUCAUGCCAGGAUUUUACUUCUCCCCCACUUCUGACCAAGUAAAAAAGUCAGAUUAGUUCUUUGAAUGUACGCUUGAAAGCUAGGAUCUUUUGGUGUGAAAAAGAACUCGCAUUUGGGCAUUCGGGAUGGUUUUUAGAUAGAGAAACAACAUUGGGUUGCUUAAGCUCUGAUAGUACCAGAAACGUUAGGUUGAUUAGGGUUUUUGAUGUUUAAUAGCUAUGGCUGGUUCUGGGAUAUCAUCUGAAUCUGGGUCUGGGGCUUUCCGUGAUGAUGAGAACUGUCACAAACAAGUGUCGCCUAUAAGGGGUGGUGGGUCGAGGAAUACAAGCCCAUCCGGUCGUGUAGGGUCGAGGAACACUAGUCCCUCUAGGCAGAAGGUGAUAAAGACUAAACCACGGGGUUUAGAUGAGGAAACAGUUGCUACAUUUGGUAAGGUGGUUCAUCCUGAUGUUCAAAUGGAAGAUAACAUAUGGGCAAUGUUGCCUGAGGACUUACUGAAUGAGAUUUUAGCAAGGGUUCCCCCAUUUAUGAUAUUUCGGCUUCGUUCAGUUUGUAAAAGAUGGAAUUUGAUACUUCAAGAUCAUAGUUUUCUUAAGUUUCAUUCACAAGUGCCAUCACAUGGGCCUUGUUUGCUUACAUUUUGGAAGAACUCACAGACUCCACAAUGCUCCGUGUUUAGCCUGCCGUUAAAAACAUGGUAUCGAAUUCCCUUCAAUUUUUUGCCUCAGUGGGCCUUCUGGUUGGUUGGCUCUUCAAGCGGUCUAGUUUGCUUUUCUGGACUCGAUGGUCUAACAUUCAGAACUUUAGUAUGUAAUCCUCUUACGCAAACUUGGAGAACACUUCCAAGCAUGAACUAUGACCAGCAAAGACAGUUGAUUGUGGUUGUGGAUCGAACUGACAAAUCAUUUAAAGUUAUAGCGACUAGUGAUAUUUAUGGUGAUAGGUCACUCCCCACUGAAGUUUACGAUUCAAAGAUUAAUAAGUGGACAGUUCACCAGAUAAUGCCUGCAGUUAAUCUUUGCUCCUCGAAGAUGGCGUAUUGUGACUCCAGGUUAUACUUGGAAACCCUUUCACCGCUUGGCUUGAUGAUGUAUCGACUGGACUUGGGAUAUUGGGAACGUAUUCCAGCAAAGUUCCCUAGAUCUUUGUUAGAUGGUUAUUUGGUUGCUGGGACACACAAGCGCCUGUUUCUGGUUGGAAGAAUUGGUCUUUAUAGUACUUUACAGAGUAUGAGAAUUUGGGAAUUGGAUCAUGCUAAGAUUAUGUGGGUAGAGAUAAGUAGAAUGCCACCCAAGUAUUUUCGAGCUUUAUUGAGGCUAUCAGCUGAGAGAUUCGAGUGCUUUGGACAGGAUAAUCUUAUCUGCUUCACAUCUUGGAACCAAGGGAAGGGCCUUCUUUAUGACGUGGAUAAGAAGGUUUGGUCUUGGAUUGCCGGCUGUGCGCUUCAGUCAUUCAAUAGUCAAGUUUGUUUCUAUGAGCCAAGAUUUGACGCCUCCGUCCAUUGAGCUGAAAAUCUUCCCAAGGAAAAGUGUGUUUGUUAGUUGUCCAGAGGUUAAGUUCCGGCAGAGGGUAUCUCUUUCUUUUGUAAGAAAGGGAUUGUGCAUCAAGUGGUUAUGUUUUGAUUCCAUUUGGAACUCGAUGAUGCACAUUGACACCAGGCAGAAAUGUACUUUGAUGAGUAGAUGACGCCCUGGGCUUCUUGAAGGUGUGCAUAUCAUGGGAUUAUAUAUUAGAGAGGAAUUGUAAGAGAUGAUUUUGCACUUGAGCUCUUAGUUAAUAUAUGGCACAUAGGAAGUUUCAUUUCACAGUAUCAUUUUAAUUCCUUGCCUAAUGGUCUACAUAUCCUGAUGGCUGAUUCUUCACCACAGACAGCUUGUACACAUUUUCAUUUUUUGUAGAAUGAUUUUCCUCCCUUUUAUUGAUGUAGGAACUCUUUUAAAUAGUCUAUACUUAAUGUGCAAAAAGCUGGUCAUUGAUGUGAACGGUCUAGGUUUUACUCAUAAA